AUGUGCUACGGAAACUACUUUGGUGGCCUGGGCUACGGCUCUGGCAUCCUGGGCUACGGCUCUGGCAUCCUGGGCUAUGGCUAUGGUGGCCUGGGCUAUGGCUAUGGUGGACUAGGUGGACUAGGCUAUGGAGGCUAUGGCUGUGGCUGUGGCUCUCGAUAUGCAUACAGCACCUAUCGUCCAUGCUGCUAUGGAAGAUUUUCCGGUUUCUAUUAA